GGGAUUUUACUCUAAAUAUGAAGGAGAGUUACAAGUGACACUAGCGUGGACUGUCUGCUAAAGAAUAUUUUUGGAGAGAUCAUUGUAUGGACGUUUCACCAUUAUUUUCUAAGUUGAUCAUAAUGGCAGGUGAAGGAAUUAAUGAAGACUAUCCAGUAGAAAUUCAUGAAUAUUUAUCAACAUUUGAGAAUUCCAUUGGUGCUGUGGAUGAAAUGCUGAAGACCAUGAUGUCUGUUUCUAGAAAUGAGUUGUUGCAGAAGUUGGACCCACUUGAACAGGCAAAAGUGGAUUUAGUUUCUGCUUACACAUUAAAUUCAAUGUUUUGGGUUUACUUGGCAACUCAGGGAGUGAAUCCCAAGGAACAUCCAGUAAAGCAGGAACUGGAGAGAAUCAGAGUAUACAUGAACAGAGUCAAGGAAAUAACAGACAAGAAAAAGGCUGGCAAGCUGGACAGGGGUGCAGCUUCAAGAUUUGUAAAAAAUGCCCUCUGGGAACCAAAACCUAAAAAUGCACCCAAAGUUGCCAAUAAAGGAAAAAGUAAAAAUUAACCUUUCAGUUUUGAUGUAUACAUAUUUCAAAAGUACAUAAUUUUUAUUGUUUUCCACAAAACGGAUGAUGAUUAUGUGGCACUGUAAGGUUUAAAUGUAUUCCUUAUUGAAAUCAUGUAUAAAACUUGCAUUUGAAAUUUGUAAUGCUAAAAAACUUUUUCCUCCAGAAAGAUUGUUAUCUUUAUUGGUUUUCCUAUAGAACACUAUGAGGUUUUUAACAUUGUAGUGUGUAUAUAGAUAUACAUAUAUGUAUAUAUAUAUAAAAAUAUUUUAUUUUGUGUGGGAGUGUAGCUGAUUAAUAAUGUGAUAGUUUCAGGUGAACAGUGAAAGGACUCAGCCCUACAUACACAUGUAUCGAUUCUCCUCCAAACUCCUCUCCCAUCCAGGCUGCCAUGUAACACUGAACGGAGUUCCAUUUGCUAUACAGUUGGCUAUGCAUUUUACAUUUAUGCAUACAUUUACAGCAGUGUGUACAUGUAAUCCCAAGCAACAUUGUAGUAUAUUUUAUAUUUAUACUUUACUGUCUCUUGACCAGACUCUUAUUUGCUUAGGUCAGUCUUUCAAGUACCAUUUUAUAAGCAACUAUGAAGUUUAAGUUAAAUGUUCCUUGUAAACAUUCGUCUAUUUUAAUGAAUAAUGAUUUUAUGAAGUAUGCCGAAGUUAUAAAUACAUCUGUUCUCACUAUAUAGUAUUAAGAAAGAGUGAAAUGACUUAAAUGUCCAUUUUUUUCUGUGUAGUUAUUAUGCUUUCAUUAUUUUGGGAAUUAACUGCUUUUUGUGAUAUUUGAAGUAUGAAAUUAAGACUUUAAGGUUAUUCUUUAAUUCUUGGCACUUUGCCACUAUGUCCCAUUUAAAGUAAAAUACAUUCUCAUUAACUUUAGAUGGGAAAUGAGGUUGUAUAUUGAUGGCUGAAUUUUGGCAUAAUAGCUCUACCCUAUCAAAGCUGUUAAUGCAUGGCUGACCUGUUUUUUAUUUUUCUCUUUUGAGUAAAUUUUUUCUUGAAAUUAGGAAGGUAGGUUUUAGAAGUCCUUAGAAAUGGAGGAAUUCAUGAGUUUUUGACCCUUGUGCAUAGUUUCCUUAGUUCUCUUGGCUUCAGUUUUUUCAGAUUUUUUGAUAUUUAUGAAACUAUAACAAAUUAUAUACAAGUAUUUGGGAACAACUUUGUAUGUUACAUAAUGCCACUUAAUCAGAGGAGAAAUCUGAAGGAGAGUACAUUGUAUUUAUAUUCUGAUUUAUUUUUCUGUAAUAUUUGUUACUGAGAAUUCUAAAUAUUAAAACUUUUUAAAUAUCUAAGCCCAUGAAUUUUAAUUAUAUACCCUUAAUGCUUUCAGUCUUUGAAUUCAUAUCAUUAUGUAUAGGAAUGGGAAAUACAGUAAAGUACUUGUACUUUAAUUUUUGAAAAAGAAGUUGUUAAAAUUUUCUGUGUGAUUAAUUCUCCAUAAGUAACCUUGAAUAAAUGGAUUUCUUGAUUUAUGAUAGCAGAUAUUGGAAAUGGUCUUAAAAUAUAAUGGAUUUUGUAAAGCAUGUUGAACUCUUUCUGUGACACAUGAAGAGGAAAUCACUGAUAGAUGCAGAAAGUCUUCUGGCUCAGAUGUCAGGCAAUUUUUGAAGUAGAAGAACAUUUAUAGUUAUUUCACUCCUUGUUUUACCUUUAUCUCUUCUAAAUUCCAGUUUUUUUGUUUAAAGUGACUUCAAGAGAGAAAUAAAUGUUAUUAAGAUCAAGUGUAGUGGCUUUGUUGUUUAUUGCAAAGAAGGUUGUAACUUACAUUUCAGUAUGUUUUCUCAUUUCAUCAAGGAAAAAAGGUUAAAUGAAAAAUGUCAUAGAGUUGCAGAAAAUCAUUGGCCAAGUUAUUGGGUUGUGAAAGUCCAGCUCUUCAUUCUCUUACUCUUUCUAACUACUUCAUUUUGAAGUGUAGUCUAUUAACAGUAUUGUGAUAGUUUCAGGUCUGCUUUUUAUUCUCUUAAACUGGAGAUUCUUUAGUGAAUAAUUCUUUUAAGUGUUUGUCAGAAGUAAAAAAAAAAAAAGCAGUUUGAUUGUAUUCCAUUUUAUUAGGUGUAAUUUAAAAUACUGUUGGUUAGCACAUAGUAAAGAGCUGAAUGAUAGUAAGUGCAUUGGGUUGCUUAUAUUCUACUUAUUCAUUUCACAAAUAUUAUACCUAAUGACAUUUGCAUUGCUAAAUACCAUGUUAGGUUCCAGAUAAGACAACUAUAGCCUUUAUUCUAAGAAAGUAUUACAAAAAAACUAAAUCUUUCAUUAAAUUCAGUUUUUCAGAGUUAGUGGAAAAUUUAUGAGAAGUUGUGCUCAUUAAACUAGUCAGAAUCAUAAAGGAUGAUGGGUUGAUCUAUUUGACCAUGAAACAGUUAUUGUUAACAUAGUUUGUUCCAAAUGACAGUUUGCUCUAAGUUUAGAUGUUAAUUACAUCUUAUAUUAAUCUCUUUGGGAAUUAACAAGUUGGAGAGGUUAUAGCUAUAGAUAUUUUUUAGAUUAGAAUUAUGGACUAUUAAUCUAAUACUAAAUAAUGAGAUUUGGUCUUUUAAUAUUUUAAGUACAGUUUUCUUCUUGUUCAUGAUUGCAAGAUGGGAAGUCAUUUUCGUAAAGUAGAAUAUGUUAAGAGGAAUAUUGAAGCUUGAAUUAUGGUUUACAUUCCUGGAAUUUAAGGUUAUGUCAACUUGAUUGGUUUUUAAGAUACCCUGCAGAUUAAAAAAUUGUUCUACUUGGCAAUUAGAAAUGGAUUAGUGCUAUUUCUAAAUAAAACUUAAAAAAAUUGACUAGAAGUGUAGGAAGUACUUAAAAAUGGACAGUAUAUUGAAUAUAGAUGCUUUUUCUCAGAUAUAGGUUAUUGGAUAAAAAUCUGUUUUAGGAAGCAGUUUAUGAUAUAGUUAGACCAUACUUUUGCACGUUUAAAUUAUCAGAAAUUCUGGCUUUAGUGAGUGAGUGACAUUAACUGAGAAAGGUUUGAAUAGUGAUUCUGAGCUAAGUUUGGUAGAUAAAGUGGAGAAAAAGAGGCACUGGCAUCUCAUUUUCUGACUUCAUAGCAUAGUUGGUUAAACUUGCUCUGAUAAAGUCAAAGGUUCUUUAAACUGAAUAGUAACGUAUUUUAUAUAAAUGUGAUCUGAAUGUACUUAACUAACAUUUCCUUUUCCCUAUAUCCUGCUCUAAAAUGCAUCAGUUUUGGAAAUACAGACCAUAGUUUGUUGAUUUUUGUAUAUUGGCAUUUUAUAGUUGUCAUUAACAAUUAUGUUGGGGGCAGAGUAUACAGGUUUUAUUAUAUUCUGUUGAUUUGUUCUAUUUGAUUAAUUUGCAAUUAUGUUGCUUGUGAGUAGGAUUUCAAGAAAAUGCUUUGAAUGAUUUUGGUUUGUAGAUUCAUUUUCCUUUCAGAGAGCAGCCACCCUCUGACUUGACUUUUCAAGUGUUUAUUUUAUGGUAUAAUUUCAGUAUAACUAGAAAGAUUAGUUAAAGCUGUCCAGGAAAGGGAGUAGCUAUAGUGAUAUCUAUUGGCAACUGAGGCUUAAUCUUAACUCUGUUAACCUCCUACCGCGCCCCCCUUAGGCCAGAAAGCAAAACCAGCCUAGCUCUUUAUUACUCAUCUGUUACAAAAGGUUGAGAAAAGAUGCCAGUCCUCCCCCUAACCCUCCCACUCCUGAUAAACCUUGAAGUCUGGCAAAUGUGUCAUGGCAGAAUAAUUGCAGGCAAGAUGUCAGUUUUGUAAAGUGAUGUAUUUCAGAUAGUACACAAAAUUUGAUGGCAGGAAAAAUAAGCUUUCAUAAAUGAAACAUUUAAGAGACUCUUUUUAUUAUUUGCUUUCAGUUUAGUGUUGCCUUUAAGGUGUGCCAUUUCAGUUUGGCAGCUACAAUAAAUGACUGAAGGAAAUUGACGAUGAUAAUUCAGCAUUUCAAGAUGCUCCUGCUGAAGUGAAUGUAGACCUAUCCAGGGCUUGAAUUUAAAGUUUAUAGUAAUACAAUAUUUUAAAGCCAAGUACCCAGGAAAUUCAUGGUGAUAGGAUUUGAAUGAGAUGAUUAGGAGAAAUGGAAAAGAAUCCCUUCACUUCCUUGUUAGGUGGAUAUUAGCUAUUGAGAGGCUGUGUUGAAAAAUGUUAUUGUAAAAAGGAUAGAGGCUUUUUAUAUGCAAUUUACUAUGGAAUGUUAUUCAUCGUGGACCUUGUCCAAAAAUGUUUGGUUAUUAAAAUAACAAAAGAAUGAUUAUAAUAAGGAAUCACUUCUGAUUUCAUGCUAUAGAAUUUUGUUGCCUGUAGACCAUGUUGUGCUGUAUUUGGCUGGUACUGUUUCAUUUAGUGACUGUUGAUUUCUCUAUUAACACAUUCCUUAUUUAAAUUGAAAUUAUUUACCA